AUGCCCCCGCCCGCGACCGCGACCGCGUCCCAGUUCCCCGUGCUCGCGCGCCUGCUGUCCGCCAACGCGCAGUGGGCGGAGGACGUCGCGCGAGCCGAGCCGCGCUUCUUCGACGAGUGCGCCGGCGGCCAAGUACCCAAGAUCCUGUGGAUCGGCUGCGCGGACUCGCGCGUGCCCGAGUCGGUCGUCACCGCGUCCAAGCCCGGCGAGAUCUUCGUCCACAGGAACAUCGCAAACCAAUUCCACCUCGACGACGACAACGCCCAGGCCGUGCUCACCUACGCCGUCGCCGAGCUCGGCGUCGAACACGUGCUCAUCGUAGGCCACACCAAAUGCGGCGGCGCCGCCGCGUGCACCGCCGCCGCCGCCGCCGCCGCGGCGACGCCCGUGCCCUCGCUCCCCCCCUCCGCGUCGAUCAACAGAUGGCUCGCGCCGCUCGCCGCGCUCGCGGCGAAGCUCGCGCCCGGCGAGGACCUCGUCGCGGCCAGCGUGCGCGCGCAGGUCGCGAACGUGUGCGCGACGGACACGGUCAGGGGCGCGUGGGCGCAGGGGCGGAAGGUGUACGUGCAUGGGUUCGUGUACGAGAUCGAGCGCGGCGUGUUGAGGGAUCUCGGGGUGAGCAGGGGCCCGGAGUAGGUGGGGUCGGUCCGGGGGGUCAGAGAACCGUAUCUAUUUUACGACUUAUCGGUGUAUUUAUGUCUCGCCACGCUUAUAGACGGAUGAGCUUCCCUCGAGAUCAGCC